CCCUGAUUUCUUUUCGUUAAAGCAGCACAUCAUGUCGUCUUCCUGAGUUGAUUCCGUUGCUGUUUCUUUAAUGGAUUUAAGAAGAGUCUCAAUUAUCAAACCCCUCUUUUUAAAUCCUCCAAUACUCCGCCCUCUAACAUUUAUAACCACAACCACCAAUACCCAGAACCAGAAACCACCUGAUAAUGACGCCAAGGCAGCAGGAACAGCUCCUAAUCAGACUCUAAUCAAUUUGGUUUCUUCUCUUCUCUCAAACCCAUCUCUUAGUUUUUCUGAAAGCAGAAAACUUUUACUCCAAUUGUCUCCUCAUCAAUUUGAUCACUCUUUUCUUGCUCUUGGAUCAAAUGUGAACGUUAAAACUUCUUUAAAUUUCUUUCAUUUUGCUUCCAAGGCCUGUAAUUUUCAUUUCACUGUGAGUUCCUAUUGCCUUCUGAUUAGAUUGCUUGUUUCCUCCGGUCUUUCAUCACCUGCCAGGUUGCUUUUGAUUCGUUUAAUUGAUGGAAAGUUACCGGCUUUAUAUCAAAAUGAUCUCAAAACAAGGCAUUUUGAAAUUGGUUCGGUUUUUGUUCAUUUGCGUUUCACUGGUAGAGUAGUGGAUUUGUUAUUACAUGUUUAUAUUACACAGUUUAAGCAUCUUGGUUUUGGUGUUAGCGUUGAGUUGUUGAGUUUGUUGGGUGAUAAGGGUUUGUUUCCAUCUCCUAAGACUUUAAAUUUUUUGUUGAGCUCUUUAGUGAGAGGAAAUGAGAUUAAAAUGUGUUAUCAAGUGUUUGAUAUUAUGUGUCGUGGCGGUGUUGUUCUCGAUGUGUACUUGUUUAGUACUAUGAUUAAUGUGUUUUGUAUCGGACGUAGAGUGGAUGAUGCUCUUGAAUUGUUUGUUAAAAUGGGGGAGGUGGGUGUUGCUCCGAAUGUUGUUACUUAUAAUAAUAUUAUACAUGGGUUAUGCAAGAAUGGGAGAUUAGAUGAGGCGUUUCUGUUUAAAGAAAAGAUGGUUAAAGAGAGAGUGCAACCGAGUCUUGUAACUUACGGCGUACUCAUUAAUGGUUUGGUUAAAUUGGAAAGAUUUGACGAAGCUAACUGUAUUUUGAAGGAAAUGACUGAUAGAGGUUUUUCGCCUAACAAUGUUGUGUACAACACAUUAAUUGAUGGAUAUUGUAGGAUAGGUAAUAUUAGCUUGGCACUACAAAUUAGAGACCAUAUGAUUACCAAUGGUUUCUGUCCCAAUUCAGUUACUUGCAAUUCACUUAUACAAGGUUUUUGCAAGAGUAAUCAAAUAGAAAAUGCGGAAUGUCUUUUGGAGGAAAUGUUAUCAGGAGGUUGUCUAGUGAUAAAUCAGGGUGCAUUUACUUCAGUUAUUCAUCAGCUAUGUUUGAAGGGUAGGUUCGACUCUGCUCUUCGUUUUGUUAGGGAGAUGUUAAUAAGAAACUUAAAGCCUAAUGAUAGUUUGCUGACUGUGUUGGUAUCUGGACUCUGUCAGAAUGGUAAGCAAUCUGAGGCAAUUGAACUUUGGUAUGGGCUAUUUGAGAAAGGUUUUGCAGCCACUGCAAUAACCUCAAAUGCUCUAAUUCAUGGACUUUGUGAAGCUGGUAGCACGCAAGAUGCUGCCAAGCUUCUCAAGGAUAUGUUAGACAGAGGUUUAGUGUUGGACAGGAUCUCAUAUAACUCGCUUAUACUGGGGUGCUGCAAAGAAGGUAAAGUUGAGGAAGGCUUUAAACUUAAGGAAGAGAUGGUCACAAGGGGAAUUCGUCCAGACACAUGUACAUAUAAUUUGCUUCUACAUGGGCUUUUUAAUACAGGUAAAAUAGAAGAAGCUGGCAGGCUUUGGCAUGAAUGCAAAAUAAAUGGUCAUGUUCCAAAUGUUUAUACAUAUGGGGUGAUGAUUGAUGGAUACUGUAAAGCCAACGAAGUUAAAGAGGGUGAGAAGUUGUUUACAGAGAUGAUUUCUACAAAAAUGGAACUAAAUUCUGUAGUUCACAAUAUACUAAUCCGAGCAUAUUGUAAUAAUGGGAAUAUGAUGGAAGCCUUUAGACUUAGAGAUGACAUGAGAAGUAGAGACAUUCCGCGAACCUCUGCCACUUAUUCUUCUCUUAUAUAUGGACUCUCCAAUAUUGGUCUCGCCGACAAUGCAAAUCAACUUCUCGAUGAAAUGAGAAAGGAGGGCAUUUUACCUAAUGUCAUUUGCUAUACUGCCCUUAUUGGUGGUUACUGUAAGCUAGGGCAGAUGCAUAAAGUUGAUAAUGUUUUGCAGGAAAUGUCAUUGAAUAACAUUGAUCCUAAUAAAAUUACUUACACUGUCAUGAUAAAUGGGUAUUGUAAGUUGGGGAAUAUGACACAAGCAGUUAAGCUUCUGAAUGAGAUGGAUCAAAAAGGAAUCGUUCCUGAUGCCAUCACAUAUAAUGCCCUUACACAUGGGUUUUGCAAAGAAGGGAAGGUAGAGGAAGCUCUUAGAGUUUGUGAUCUUAUGUCCACCAAAGGAGUAUUUCUAGAUGAAAUUACAUAUACAACAUUGAUAGAUGGGUGGCGUCUGCCAUCAGUAGUCACGAACCAGGAAUAAUCAAUACUUCAGCUAAGGUUAUAUAUCUGACAAAGUUUCGUAUCAAAUAUGGUACAGAUAUCACUAGCUUAUCUACAAACUGAAGCUGACCACGGGCAGUGGAAUAGCAUGCUCUUCGGUUCUCUUUCAAAUUCAAAGUAUUGUUAUUGAACUUCAAGGGGUGCUUAUUGUGGAAUGGAAACUGGUUCUUUGCACCACAAGCUUGGCUUAAGCUAUACUAAUAUAAGAUAAGCCAUGUGAACUCAUCCUUGGAGGGGGUGUUGCUCUUUUGUUAACCAGGUGAAUAUGAUGCUGAAAAGUCAUAAAAAUGCUCACCCACACAAGGGAUGUGCAAUGGAGAGCCAGUUGACGUGGCUGAUUAUUCUAAUUUUUUUAGAGAUUUUGAGGGGCCAACAUGAGCAUGCACCUAGAGAGGUCUAUGAGAACUCUUUCACCAUAUUUCAAGUACCUUUGCUAAGAAUAUCCGGCGUCGUUGUCUAGCCUAAAUCCGAGAACUGUGCUUCCACCUUGCAAAUAGCAUCACCUAAAGAGACCUGACUCUUUGUGCAGAAACUAUUGGAUUAAAUGAUACACCCAAAAUUUCGACUUCCCUGAUUCAGAGAAUUUCUGAAUGGAGAUGUGGAAACAAAUUGAGAUGGAAGACAUCACAGUUGAAGAUGACUGGCUGACAUGGGUUCAAAAAUAAGGUCAGACUCGAGGGCUGCAGCUAAUUCUGGCCAUAUGAUUGCUGACACAGUCCAUGAGCCAUCGCCCUGAGCACUUGGUCUUUGGUUAAAGUAGCCAACUCCAAUUUUUUCUAUUGUAGAACAGACUGUGCCUAAAGCAGGACUGCCAAACCCAAAGUUAAGUUCAGCUACCGGGAACCUCCUACCUGAUGACAACACAAUGGCUGGGCCGCCACAUCCUAACACGAUAUUUGGCAGCAUCAAACCAGGCCUGUGGCAUUCAACCCAAUCAAUUACAUCCUGGAAAUGCUCCUCAUUGGUAACCUUUAGUAUGGCUUCAUGAACAUUUGUAGCAAUAUCUGAAAGGGAUCCUUGUUUGAGUUGUGCAACACUUGCCUCUCCAACAGUCACAGACAGUAUGUUUCCGAUGUAGUUCGACAUUGAAUUCUGAUUUCCAUAUAUUCGACCGCGGCCAUCAACUAACCAUCCCAUCUUGCACCUAUCAUGCUUUUCAUCAAUAGCUGUGACCAUAAUCUUCCAUAUGUAGGCUGAGAAGGCCUCAAUUUUGGUUCUCUUGCUGCCAUUUAGCAAUAUGUUGCAGCUUAUUGAUGCUGGAGACAUCAAUAUGGUAAAGCCGCUUAAGCAAGAUGUUCUUUUGCGGUAUGGUUUUAAUGUCUUCGAUUGUACACUUAACAAAAAUAUGAUCCAAAGAAGGAUGAUAAAUCGGUGGGCAACGCGGAUAAAGUUCUCUUUGAUGGUUAGGAAUGCAAGACAGCGUCUUGUUUUGAGCAAUUUCAGACCAUGAGAACAAGAAUUUGCCAAAAGAAGUUGCGUCACCUAGUGCAUGAUCAAAUGUGAAUGUUAUUGAAAUGCCACCGCAACUGUAACUUGUGACUUGGAUGUGCAAAGGGAAAUCAGAGUCGAUUGAAACAAGUUUGCUUUGCAGAAAAUGAUUAAGAUUGUAGAAGUCUAGUUUCUUCAAGGAGAUAUCGGCAUGGCCUUCGAUCAACAGAGCACCAUCGUUAUUGCAUAUGAUCUCAGGCUCCGUAGUUAUUGGAUUUUGAACUAUUCGACCAGCAAAGGGGUAGUAGUAACUCAGAGUUUCAGCAAGGGAGCGCUUUAGAGAGUUGAUGAUAGUGGGAAAGCUAGCAGUUUGCGGGUUAGGAUAGAAGUACAAGUAUGUAACAGGAAAACGGCCGGAAAGUAGGUCGAGGUGGGAUAGGGCUAGUAUAUAAGGCUUCUGCAAUUGCUUGCUUGCUUUAACAAUGCUCUUUCCAGUGAUGUGAACUUCCAACUUUCCUGCUUCUGCCUCCAUUUGACAAAUUUUGUUAUCUAGUUGUAAAUUGUAAUGAAUAAAUUUAUAGAAAGCAAGAUUACGUGUGAAGAA